AUGUCGUGGCCGUACCAUUUUAUUUCUCUCUCCGAGAACGACAAGCUGCACCGCGGGGAGCUGCUUGACCUUCGAGGGUAUUAUGCACAAUUGUCAAUUGUUGUGGUUAUCGUCGCCAUUCGAACUUUUCGCUUUGUUACGAGAUCAACCGCUAGGUGGGAUUGCCUGGUCUCUGGAAAGGCCCAACAGUAUCUUGUCUGCGGGCUGUGGCUACUAUGGCUUUUAGGGCUUUCGAUAUGGAACAGUGACUAUCUCCAUUUAACGAAAGCAUUGGGCCGAGUUGGCCUGUCCCAACUGCCACUGCAGGUUCUGAUGUCUCCGGCAUAUCUCUCUCAGCCGGCAGCCUCGUCCGUACUGUCUCUUCUGACCGGUAUCCCUCAGCCGGUGUUGACACCGUACCACCGUCUCCUCGGUCGGGCGGUUGUCUCUCUUCUGUCGGCUCAUGCCACGCUGUAUACGCUGUUCUUCGUGCAAUCCAGUCGUCCUGAAUUUGGUAUAUUGCUCUUCAAGCGAGUCCAAGACUUAGACGUCCAAUGUGGCCUAGUCGCAAUAUCCUUGGCGGUGCUGCUCAUCCUCUUUGUGCGGCCUACUUCCCAGAAAGGCCUCCAGGCUUGGCUUGUGCAGGGAACCUUUCAAGAACGCCGAAGGACGUUUUACUUUGGUCAUGUGUCUUUGGUGAUAUUAUUGUGCGUUGCGGCUUACUUCCAUGUUAAGCAGGCACAGCGGUACAUUCUGCAGACUUUAGCAGCUUCUGUACUUAAUUGGGUGUGCUCUUGGGCGCUACGUUAG